AGAAUGGAAGCCACUCCGUUCUCCUUCCCGGUUUGUCGGCGUCAGUGCCGGCGCGCGGUAUUGCCCGCCCGCACGGCGAGCGAGACGUCUCGCGCCAGACCGCCAUCUUUCCUUGCCCGCUCACGGCGCCCGGCACCAGUCCCAGUCCGCCAUAUAUACCGCCCCGCACCUCGCCUCCGAGCUGAGCUCAAACCGUCCAUCCCGUCCUCUCUAGUCUCCACACUCUUGCAGUUGCAGGCUUGCAGCUAGCAGCUAGCAGCGCAUCGAGAGCCAAAAACCAAAGCCAUGGCAGCAGCAUCAGCAGCACAUCUCGCCUGCGCCUUCUUCUUCGACGCGGAGCCCGCCGUCGGCGAGCGCAGCCUGCACGCGCUCGACGCGUGCGCGCUCUGCGCCAAGCCGCUGGCGCGCGACAGCGACAUCUUCAUGUACAGAGGGGACACGCCCUUCUGCAGCGAGGAGUGCCGCUACGAGCAGAUGCAGCUCGACGCCAUCCGAGCCAGGCAGCAGGCCUCCGCCAGGUCCGGCGGCGGCCGGCGGCAGCCGUCGUACUCGUCAGGAGCGGAGGCGCGGCGCGGGCACCGGGACGCCAGGAAGGUGUCCGCGGUGGCGACCUGAUCAACGCCAGGCGACCGGAAGCUACCUAGAUCAGAUCGAGCGACAGCCGGACAAGUGAAAGCACGUCGCGGCCCGUUGCUCCGUCGCGCUGGCCUGAGCCGAGCUGUGCGGUGGAUGAGGCCCGCGGACGCCGGGGAAUCGGAGACGACGUUCUCCAUCAGAGAUUCAGAGUUCCUCUGGUUGCAUCAGGAUUGGCCUGCGUGCCACUGUCAAUGUCCUUUUGUAAUACCGUUUUGUAAAUCCGAAGCAUUUGGAAAGCUUUACCUCCAAAUUCAAAGCCAUUUUUUUCGAACAUCGUGUGCGAUUCAACUUGUUCAUGAAUUGAUUCAUUGUUUUGAUAGUAA